AUGCUCUCUGCCACUUCUCGCGCCCCUUCAUCCUCCUCCCACCUCUCCGCCCACUCUGCAAUGCCCUUCACCCCUGUUUCUGCGCGCAGCAAAUCUCCAGCAUGGUCCGCGCUCGACUCUGGCUCAGAAGACGAGGCAUUCGGCGCACAAGACUACGUCCUUGCUAUGCACGACUUCGCCCCGCAGCAAGCGAACGCGACGUGCCUGAGCUUUGCCGCCGGCCAAGUCAUCCGCGUAUUCAAUCGCGAUGCCAGCGGGUGGUGGGAUGGCGAGCUCGAAGGCAGGAGAGGAUGGUUCCCGAGCAACUAUGUAACCUCGGAGGUGGGAUUGCUCACAGAGGAGGAGCUACCAGUCGGAAAGCGGACGCGCAUGGCGAUGGAAGUGCGGGUUGUCGACGAGAAGCAAAUGGCUUUCUAUAACGCAGUCCGGAUGAAUCGUGUCCCCCACUUCCAACCCGCCACCGCUUUCGUCAUCUCCUGUGUACGCGCAAUCCUCUCCGAAAUUGGCUGCCUCUCGCGGGACGAUAUCCUCCUCAAACAGCACGGCAUCCUGGCACAGGAGCGGAAACGCAUCCUCUCGGAUCUAGCAUCAUUGGUAUCCCAGGCGAAGCGGGCCUCAGACGAAACCACUACGGACGAUGUACGGGAGGUGGAGGUACAAGCGAUGAUACGUUUAGCAGGCCAGCUCUUUGCCCACGUCCGUGGAUUCCUCGCGGUCGCGGUUCAAUGUGGGGUAGAACUGCCCCAGAAUGCCCCUCGGUCUGACUCCCAGGAGUCUCAGCUCGGGAGUAGCUCCAGCAACCUAAUGCUCCAAGACGAAGACGACUUCGCAACUCCCGGAAAGAGCACGAACGGCAGUGCGCUUCGCCGAAAGAGGAUGCCUGGACAGAGUACGCCUUCGCGGCACAAGAGCCUGGGCGAUCUGAAGACGGUGAAACGGGUGCUAGGCAAAGACUAUCCCCCAGUGCCCACACUCAACGUUGCACGGAGAAAGCUAUCGGAACAGCAGCUGGCGUCACCCAUGCGGCGCACAUUCAGCGAGAGCACCCCAAGGAGACAUAAACCCAAUCAGGACUCGAUCAGCAGUACAUCCUCCUCCUCCUCACUGUCAAGCGAGUCCGUCGGUACGCCGGCCACGCCUAUGUUUCCCUCUGGUCCUGCGACGACGUCAGAGCUGCUGGACACUCUGCGUUAUACGCACGAUAACUUUCUCUCCACUAUCGCCGCGUUCAUCGGCCACGCGCAUUCCCAUUCUCGACAUUCGCACGCUUCAAGUACCGGGCAUAUGUACGACCUCGUGCGCGAGGUCGUCGAUGUCGUUUGCAAACUUCUCAUGGUGCUUGAAUCCGUGCUUCGACAUCCGGAUAUCCCUCCGGCGAAGACCACCGGCUUGCUCCCGGCCAAGGAGAACCUCUACAACGUCACGAGCACACUGGCGGACGCAGUGCGUGCUCUUACUGCACCGCCAAGUGACGACGUCUCCGAGGAAGCAGAAAAGGAAGGCUUGCUCAGGUCCGCGACGGACACCUUGCGCGCGGGCUCGGAUCUUACGAACGCGGUCAAGAAAUGCAUCACACGAGCAAGUGAGCGGCCACUCAUCUUCACGAUCCCAGGGCCAGGCGAUCCGGAAGGCACGUUCUAUACCCCGCGGAAGUUCAGUCACGCCGGCCGCGCGUCCCCCGUCGCAAGCGGGGUGCGCAUACGCAGGGCGGACAGCGUCCCUGCGGAGCUGCGCUUGGCGUACGACGGCGAGGAGGAGGAUAUGACGAUACAGCCCCAAAGCGUGGGCAACUCGGAGCUGACGAUGACAGUCCCUCUCAAGACGCCAACGCAAGCCGAAGACCUCACGAUUGUGCAGUCGUCAGCUUCACCUCCUACAUCGCCCUCUCCCCUUCCGAAGGAUGUCCCAGCGCGCGCGGACGAGGUUUUGCCCACUCCAAUUACUCCCGAGACCCCCGAUCCUUUCAAGGAGGAACAACUGCCGCCUCGUCCAUCGUUCGACUCCGCGCUCAGGUCAGAGACGACUUCACUGCACUCAUAUGCCCCGACGGAAGACGACAGGACGACCUGGGAGGGCAGCCACCAGCGCCACGGUGCACCCAGCUCCUCCUUCGAACUGCUCACCAGCGGACUUCCACCUGCUGGCCCCGCGUCAGGGAUGCUUCCAUGGACAUUCCCACACGAUCAUUCGCCAGACGACGUUGCAUACAACAGCGAUGGACAGCUCGUGGGUGCGACGCUCGCCGCUCUCGUCGAGCGUAUGACCCCACACGACUCGCUCGUGGAGGCCCCUUUUGCCGCCGUCUUCUUCAUGACCUUCCGCCUGUUCACCACUCCGCUGGACCUGCUCGACGCUGUGAUCGCGCGCUACAACCUCCUACCUCCGCCGCUAUCAGCCGAUGUCGACCUCCGUGCGUGGCAGCAGCGCAAGGGCCUACCCGUGCGCCUGCGCGUGAGCAACUUCAUCAAGACGUGGGUAGAGACUUACUGGCGGCACGCGACGGACGCCUCGAUCCUCCCCGUCCUGACGCCCUUCAUCACCGACGCGCUUUCGCAGAUGUUCCCCGUCCCCAGCCAGCGCAUCCUCGACCUCAUCCAGCAGCGCAUGAUCGCGGCUGCCGACGCCGCCUCCGGCGUGGGCGAGGAAGGCCCCGACCCGGGGCUGUCGCCCAAGCCGCGCGACGGCGGGAUCCCACGCACACUCAACCCGCCCGUGCUCCCGCCCGGGCCGCUGUCCGAGAUCCCGCAGCCGAAGAUCAACAAGAGCGUGUACGCGGCGCUCCGGGCGCGCAACUGGGGCGCGGUCGCCGCGACGGACUUCGAGCCCGUCGAGCUCGCCCGGCAGCUGACGGUGAUGGAGUGCACGCUCUACUGCGGGAUCCGCGCGGACGAGUCGGGCGCGCACUUGAGCGUCAGGGCGGUGACCAGCCUCAGCACCGCGAUCACGGGUUGGGUCGCGGAGAGCAUCCUGAACGAGCCGGACACGAAGAAGCGGACCGCGCUCGUCAAGUACUUCAUCAAGCUCGCGGACCGGUGCGUCGGCCUGCGCAACUACAGCACGCCGCGCUCGAUCCUCGCCGCACUCGACUCGUCGACCAUCGCGCGGUUGCAUCAGACGUGGAAUGGCUUGCCGCAGAAGUACAAGAUCCUGCUGGAGUCGCUCCGGAAGCUCGCGGAUCACGCGCGCAACUAUCACGAGUACCGCUCGCGGCUACGGAACACUGCUCCACCGCCGUUCCCUUCCUCGGUUCCCGAGAAGAAGCUGAUCAACUUCAACAAGUACCACAAGCUCGCGCGUAUCGUCCAAGACAUGCAGCGCUUCCAAGUGCCGUACAACCUGAAGGAGAUACCCGAGGUGCAGAUGUACUUGCGCGACGCGUUCGAGAAGUCGUCGAAGCAGGGCGACCUGCAGGACCUGUACCGGCGCAGCCUGCUCGUGGAGCCCAAGCAGUCGGCGGAAGCUCCGCCCCGAGCAGCGACGUCCGGCAACUUGUCGAUACCUCGCCUCGCUGAGAGCUCUCCGCCGCAUGUUUUGAUCUAA